CAGCAGUAUUUCCUAGUAUUAAAGAUCUGAAAAUCGAAGUGGGUAAAUGUCAAAAAUUGGACUAGGAUGCGAGCCAGUGUUAGGGUCACUCACUCCAUUAAAGAAGAAGGAGUACAGAGUCACCAACAGGCUCCAAGAAGGCAAACGACCCUUAUAUGCUGUCGUUUUCAAUUUCAUUGAUUCUCGUUACUUCAAUGUGUUUGCUACUGUUGGUGGCAACCGGGUGACUAUUUAUCAGUGCCUCGAAGGAGGUGUUAUAGCGGUUCUGCAAUCAUAUGUUGAUGAAGAUAAGGAUGAAUCUUUUUAUACGGUGAGUUGGGCGUGCAACAUUGAUGGAACCCCAUUUGCUGUAGCUGGAGGAAUUAAUGGUAUAAUACGCGUCAUUGAUGCUAGCAAUGAGAAGAUACACAAGAGUUUUGUUGGCCAUGGGGACUCGAUUAAUGAAAUCAGGACUCAACCACUGAAACCUUCACUUGUGGUGUCUGCAAGCAAAGAUGAAUCUGUUCGUCUGUGGAAUGUUCACACUGGAAUUUGCAUUUUGGUAUUUGCUGGUGCUGGAGGUCACCGCAAUGAGGUUUUGAGUGUGGACUUUCACCCAUCAGACAUAUACCGGAUUGCAAGUUGUGGUAUGGAUAACACUGUCAAGAUUUGGUCAAUGAAAGAAUUUUGGACAUACGUAGAGAAGUCAUUCACAUGGACGGAUCUUCCUUCAAAGUUCCCCACAAAAUAUGUUCAAUUCCCAGUUUUCUUAGCUUCAAUUCAUACAAAUUACGUCGACUGCAAUAGGUGGCUUGGUGAUUUUGUCCUGUCCAAGAGUGUUGAUAACGAAAUUGUACUGUGGGAACCAAAGACAAAGGAACAUUCUCCUGGGGAGGGUACUGUUGACAUCCUUCAAAAAUACCCUGUUCCUGAGUGUGACAUUUGGUUUAUCAAAUUCUCAUGUGAUUUCCAUUAUAAUGCAGCUGCUAUAGGGAAUAGGGAAGGGAAGAUCUAUGUGUGGGAACUGCAAAGUAGUCCCCCUGUUCUCCUUGCAAGGCUAUCUCAUAGCCAAUCGAAAUCUCCAAUUAGGCAAACCGCAAUGUCCUUCGAUGGAAGCACCAUCCUUAGCUGCUGCGAGGACGGAACCAUAUGGCGCUGGGAUGUAGUCUCAUCCGCUUCAUAAGUACAUGUCUCGGUGACUUUUUUUCGGCGCGGUAGUUCAGGUUUAAUGUAAUUUUUUUAUCUUUUUAUGGGAAGUGUGUUUAAUGGAACUACUAACGAAAAAACAUUCUUUUAAUUAUUUUUAGGUAAUUAUAUAUAUAUAAACUUUAUUUUUCAUUA